AUGGCACGUACCGACACCGCCGCCGCGCGCCACCUCGACGCCGAGCAGCACCAGCGUCUGCUGCGGCGCAAGCUCGUCUCGCUCGCCGGUUCCGUGUGCGUCUCGCUGUCGGCCGGCUCCAACUAUGCCUUUUCGUCGUUCGCGCCGCAGCUGCAGGAGUCGCUGCACCUCUCUUCGACGCAGAUCAACCUGAUUGGCAUUGCGGGCAAUGCGGGCGUCUACCUCUCGUCGCCGCUCUGGGGGCGGUUUAUCGACAAGCGCGGCCCACACACCGCACUUGUGGUUGCAGCCGUGCUGGUGCCGCUUGGAUAUGCGGGGCUGUCUGCGAGCUACACGGGCGAGUGGAGGAUGCAUUCGACGCCGCUGCUGUUCGUGCUCAACCUGCUCACCGGGCUGGGUAACAGCGGUGGGUUUACGGCAGCCAUGAAUGCGCAGGCCAAGUCGUGGGGUGGGAGUAGGAGGGGCACGGCGACCGCGCUUGUGCUGUCAGGAUUCGGGCUCAGUGCGUUCUUCUACUCGACGCUGAGCCAUCUGUUGUUCCCAGGCAAUACGGGCGAUUAUUUGCUGCUGCUCGCGUUUGGCAGUAUGGCCAGCAUGCUCAUCGGCUUGGGACUCAUCAAGAUCAUCCCGCCGCUGGAGACGCCUGCGCCUGCGCAUGCCGAGAGGAGCGAGGGCGGGUCGGGUUACCUGCGCAGGAGGACGUCGUCGGACAUCGGCGCACGUGCUACGGUGUGGCACCAGCCCGAAGCACUGAGUGCCGAGGCGACGGACGAUGAAGACGACGCGCGAGCUCCGCAUGCCGGUGGCUCGCGGGACAUCACCCCCGCCGAAGAGGUGGAUCCCGAGGCACAAGGUCUGCUGUCUGGGCGCGACGAGUCCAAGCGCCCAGGCCGCGAGGUGGAUCCUGCGCACAUCGACAUUUCGGGACGCAAGCUGUUCGGCCAACCGGACUUCUACCUGAUCUUUCUGGUCAUGACGCUCGUCUCGGGCGCCGGGCUGCUGCUCAUCAACAACGUCGGCACCAUCACCAAGACUCUGUGGGACUACAAUCACCGCACCGAUGCCGUACUCGUUGCCGCUUCCAACGCUGAUUUGCGUCGUCGUCGCGCUCUGGUAUCGAGCGAGGCGUUCGAGGCGGCCAAGAAGAGCGCAAAGAGUUCGGUGCAGCAGAUGCAGGCUCGUCAGGUCUCGCUCAUCUCGCUGUGCAACUUUAGCGGACGUAUCAUCAUCGGUCUGCUCUCGGACUGGCUCGUCAACCGCACCGCUUCGGCGGCUAAUAGGGUGUGGUUGCUCGUGGUGGUGACCACGCUGGCAUUUGGGAGUCAGCUGCUGGCCGCUUUCCCCGGGGCAGUGGAUACGGUGGAUCGACUGUUUGCUGUGUCGGCGCUGACGGGGUUGGCGUACGGUACGCUGUUCGGUGUGUGCCCCACGCUCGUGUUCGAGUGGUUUGGCAUGAAACACUUUAGCCAGAACUAUGGCUUUGUAAGUCUGUCGCCCGUUGUGGCGGGCAACGUGUUCAACCUGCUCUUUGGACAUAUUUACGACAGCCAUGUGCCGGCCGAUGCGAGCGUGCUCAGCGCGGUGUCGGACGUGCUGGCAUCGGUGCGUGGGAAGAACGACCAUCCCGCAACACGACACCUGUGCAUGGACGGCGAGGAGUGUUAUCGCCAAGUGUUUGUCGUCACUUCAGUAGGCUGCGCCGUAGCCAUCCUGCUCAGUCUCGUGCUUAUUGCAAGAAGAGCCACAAACGUGCCCUCUUUUCUUCGUCGCUAG